AUGGCUGGCUCAUAUCCCAAGAAGAAGUGCGGUGUUUUGGGUGCCACUGGAUCGGUGGGACAACGCUUUAUCCUUCUGCUCGCAGACCACCCAUUCCUUGAACUACAUGCCCUGGGAGCCUCGGAGCGCUCUGCCAACAAGAAAUACAAAGAUGCUGUGCGAUGGAAGCAGUCUGCUCCCAUGUCGGAGAAGCUGAGCAACUUGGUUCUGCGCGAGUGUAAGGCGGAGCUCUUCAAAGACUGUGACCUGGUGUUUUCUGGCUUGAACAGUGAUAUCGCAGGCGAGACAGAAAUGGCUUUUAUCAAGGCAGAAAUUCCUGUGUUCUCUAACGCAAAGAACUAUCGAAAGGACCCCAUCGUGCCACUGGUGGUGCCUACUGUCAACCCCUCCCACAUGGACCUGAUCCCUCACCAACGCAAACAUUUCGGUUUGAAGAAGGGAUUUUUGGUCUGCAACUCCAACUGUGCUGUGAUUGGCGUCGUGAUUCCGUUUGCUGCCCUUCAAGCCAAGUUUGGCCCCGUCGAGGAGGUCGAGGUUUUCACCGAGCAGGCUAUCUCGGGUGCGGGAUACCCCGGCGUUCCCAGCUUGGACAUUGUCGACAAUGUGAUUCCAUACAUCAGUGGCGAGGAGGACAAGUUGGAGAACGAGGCCCAGAAGAUCCUCGGUUCUUUGAAUGGGGAUGCGACCGCUUUCAACGAGCAGGCUGGAUUGCGGAUUGGUGCCACCUGCACCCGUGUCGGCGUCACGGAUGGCCACAUGGCCUUUGUCUCUCUCCGCUUCAAGAAUCGUCCAGCCCCCAAGGCCGAGGAGGUUGCUCAGGCGAUGCGUGAAUACCAGUCCGAAGCCCAGAAACUCGGCGCUCCUUCAGCGCCCGAGUUGGCCAUCAAGGUCUUCGAUGAGCCAGACCGUCCCCAACCGCGUCUUGAUCGGGAUAUCUCCAAGGGCUACACCGUGAGCGUGGGACGCAUCCGUGAUGGCGCCGAGGGCGGGUAUUUCGAUAUUCGCUUCGCUGCCCUUUCUCACAACACGGUCAUCGGCGCUGCUGGCUCUUCCAUCCUCAAUGCCGAGGUAGCUGUUAUCAAGGGUUACAUCUAG